AUGGAGCUGCACAUGCGGAUCCCGGCGGAGAGGUGGUGCAUCACCAAGACAGAGUUUUUCACAUUCGUCAAGGAUGUGCUGGAUGUUUGGAGUUACGGACAGCUUCCCGACUGCCCUCAGCGGCCCAACCCCUCGCACAACGACCGGAAGCGCGGGCCAAAUCUCUACCAGGUGAACGAGCACUUCGUGAAGCCUGUGACACUCGCAGCAGGCGGCAUGAGCUACGCUUUGAUGCUGCACCCAGAGGGCCUCCCCUGCCACGUCUUCGUGUCCCACGCCUGGGCCGAGGGCCUCUUUGAGCUUGGCAACAAUGUGCGGCGUGCGUGGCCCCAAGUGCGGGGGCUCCUCAACAUGUACUUGUGCCUUCUGGGCAACCCUCAGAACCUGGACAUGGAGCGCUUGCUGGUGAGCCCAGAGCACAGCCCCUUCGCCAAGGCUUUGAGCCACGCCUCGCACGUGCUGGUGAUCCCCAACGGGCAUUGCUCCAUCUACACACGCCUUUGGUGCGUUUAUGAGGCCUACCUGGGCACGGUGAUGCACAAGACCUGCCUCAUGCCACUCCGACCACGCUCAAGCGCAAAGCGUGUCAGCCUGCUGUGCACCAUCCUGCUGCCCUGUUUGUUCGGUCUGCUGCUGGGCAUCAUGUGGACCAUGUUGCCACUGUCGGAGCGGGUGGAAAAGAAAUCCCUCGACUUCGCCUUCAACCUACUGAUCUUGUCCACCACGCUGGCGGUGUUCAUUUCCAUCGCAGGGCGGGCCCUUGUAAGGCCUAGGCUUCAGUUCCAGCUCGCCCGACCCGUGCACAUGCUCAACAUUUGCUUGGCCUCCGCUAUGACUAUCCCGUGGUUUUGGGAGAACCUGGAGCUACCCAACGUCUGGCAGCACCUGACGCAUGGGGCGGUGCCCUUCGCACUGAUUUUGAUGAAUGUGACCCGGGUCUCCAAGAUCACUCAGCAGCAGUUGGCCAACAACGAGCUCUCCAGGCAAGCCUCCCAUUUGUCAUUCCAGUCCCUGUCGGAGGCCUCUUGCUCCUCCGACACCGACGAGACCCGCAUCCGCGAGGCCAUCGCCGGCUUUGAGGACGAGGUGAUUGUCACCCUGCAGGUCCUCAUGAAGGCCGGCAUCUACACCAAGAAGCUUCGCCAGGCUCACACCUUAGGCCUCGACAUCAGCGGCAUGGUGAGCGCCAAUUUGCGGGUGAACCUCCGCAUCGUUGCCUUCAGCUGGCUCCUGAGCAUUCUGGACACCAUGGGCUGUAUGAGCUGGAUCCAGUGCUGCUCCACUCCGCCCGCCUGGAGUUACUACGCCUCCCUGGGGGUUGUGGGCUUCAUAAUGUUUCUGCUGCCGCUGCUGCUGGUCAACUUGGACAAGCGCGGCCCGGAGUGGCCGGUUUUUGCAGUAAACUGCUGGGUCCUACUGUCCAGCAUUGGCCUUGUGGCGCCCAUCGGGGUGACCUUUGUGGUCAAUAUGCACGAGGUGGGCCUGAGGCAGAUGCCGGCGCGGUUUGCCGCGGCCAGCCCGGCCGGGAUGAAGACGACGUGCCCCUUCACGGUGACCUGGAUGCUGGUCCUUCUCGGCCGGCCGUUUAUGGCAAUCCUCUCGGCUGCAGUGACCUUUGUGGAGCCGACGAGCUUCUACCUGGCCAAGCAAGCAUUGGGCUGCAGCCGGCGGCAUGAGAGCCGCACGCCGAAGCUGAAAGAUUUGGAAGGCCUUGAGGACAGCAGCGGGACCGGUUCUGACAGCGACAGCCCUGUCUUUCGAAUGGCGCCGGUGUUGGGCGAGGCGGGGCCUGUGGCUUGGGCAGUGGCCAAGGACAUGCCGCUGACAAGCGACGCUUGCAGGGGCCUCUGCGGCAUCCUGCUGGAGCCCACCUUGGCAGAGGAGGAAGUGCUCCACACCUUGGCAAAGGAGUUGUCUGAGAAUCUGGGCUUCUCAAAGCAGAAGGACUUCGAGUUAGAGAGGCUACCGCUUGUGGCUCUGACAGAUCCCAGCGACCCUUUCGGCCUGAAGCUGAUGCUUUUCUGGGCGGUGUUUUUCUACUGCCUGACGCUUGUGGCCUUGGUCUUCUUUGUGCUGGACCUUUUGAGCGAGAGCGACUACGAGCCAGUGGAGACAUCCCCUGACACCGAUACUGAGUACAUCAUCAAGAUCAGUCCUGCUAAAGUGUAA